UUCGAUUUCUUAGCAUAGACAGGAUAUUCGCGAAGCGCCUGAAGCUAAUAUUGAAUUACAAAUUCUUUAGAUAUAUUACUUAACAAUGAAGAAAAAACGUUUUAAUUCGAAAUCGACAACUAUGGAGAAUGUGGAAAUUGAUAAUUCCAAUGAGGUUGUUGUAGAUUUCGAGCAUCGUGCUGAUAAAUACAAUAAUUGCAAUGCUCUUGUUUUACCUACUAAGAAAAGAGAGACAAAAAAUGUUGUUAAAAAAGUACCCACUAAAUUAUUAUCGAAAAAACGUAGGAAAGAACUGGAAAAAGUAGUGGAACGUAAAAAGAAGAAAUUAGAGAGUGCAGAGUUGUUAAAAGAACUUGCAAAAGUGCAAGUACCUACAGUUGAAUCGCAGCAAUAUGUAAGCUUUACGUCUCUGCAAAACAAAGGUUUAAAACGCCUUCGGGGAACAGAAGCAUCUAAGCCAGAACUAAAACGUAAGAUAAAUGAAGAAGAAAGCAGUAAUACAACAAAGAAAUAUAUUAGAAAUAAUAUCAAAGGAAGCAACAAGAAAAAAAGAUUAGCCCUUCUAAAUAACGCGAAACAAGAGAAAGUUAUAUAUGGUCCAAAUGUGCUUGGGUUUGAAAAAUCCGACGACAGUGAUGAUAGCAGUGAAAAUGAUACCAAUAAUGGGAAUGAAGAUAAAGCACAUAUUACUGACAAUACUCCUGAGGUUCCUGCUCCUGAGAUUGUAACAAGUGAAAAACAGGAUGAGGAUAAUUUCACAGAAGAUGCUGGAAAUAUAAAAAUUUCAAACAAAAACCAGGAAUCUGUAGAGGAUGAUAGGAACAAAUUCAAGAAAGAUGCAGAAAGUAAAGCAGUUUCAAAGAAAACUGAGGAAUUGAAAAAAUCAACAAAGGAAGUACGGCAAAAUUCUAUCCCUCAGGUCUGUACACCUGCUGUCUUUGUGUCAGUGGACAGAAAGCCAGAAAUGCAGGCUGCCCGAAUGAAAUUGCCUAUUGUUGCAGAAGAACAAGUAAUUGUUGAAACAAUAAAUGAGAACCCAAUAGUCAUAAUUACCGGAGAGACAGGCAGUGGAAAGACUACACAAGUACCUCAAUUUCUCUAUGAAGCCGGAUAUGCUCGUGAUAAAUUGAUCGGAAUAACAGAGCCGCGAAGAGUGGCAGCGAUGUCGAUGAGCAAACGUGUGGCUGAAGAGAUGAAUCUCACCGAGAAGGAGGUCUCGUAUCUGAUUCGUUUCGAGGGGAAUGCUACGAAAGAAACGAAAAUCAAGUUUAUGACUGACGGUGUUUUGUUGAGGGAAAUUCAGAACGAUUUUCUCUUGAAGAAGUACUCUGUGAUAAUACUGGAUGAAGCGCACGAGCGCAGUGUGCACACGGAUAUUUUGAUCGGCCUACUGUCAAGGAUCGUUCCGCUCCGAAAUAAACGCAAUAUACCUUUGAAGCUGAUCAUUAUGUCAGCCACGUUGCGCAUCGAGGAAUUCGUAGAAAAUAAGCGGUUAUUCAAGGUAAAGCCGCCGCCCGUGAUCACAAUCGAAACGCGACAGUUUCCUGUAACGAUACACUUCAACAGAAAGACAAGCCAGAAUUACGUCAACGAUGCGUUGCGCCAAGCGAUAAAAAUACAUAGUCGCCUGCCGGAAGGCGGCAUUCUAGUGUUUCUAACAGGCCAGCAAGAAGUGCAUACGGUAGUACGUAAAUUGCGCAGAGCGUUUCCAUUGCCAAAGAGAAACAAAAUUAAACGGACAACUUUGGAUAAUAAAACUGCUCCGAAAGAAGAAGCAGACGAGGAACAGAGCGAGAAACACUCCGAUUCCGACGAUGAUUUUAACGCCCGGGAAGCGUUACGUCGUAAUAGGUUGAGACGCAAGAAACGGCGCUUUGAACUUCCAAACAUUAAUCUCGACAAUUACUCCGUAAUUCCCACCGCUGAUACGGAUGAAGAUCCAAUUAGCGAGGGUAGCGACUUAGAUGAGGACAAUGAAGAUUUUAUGGAUUUCGUUGGACUGAAGGACGCACAGCCACUAUGGGUUUUGCCGCUUUAUUCACUUUUACCUGGUCACGAGCAAGCCAAGGUGUUUGAACCGCCACCGGAAGGGUGUCGUUUGUGCGUGGUGUCUACCAAUGUAGCGGAAACCUCACUGACGAUUCCCAAUAUCAAGUAUGUAGUGGACAGCGGACGUUGUAAGACCAGAGUGUACGAUCACGUGACAGGUGUGAGCACAUAUCAGAUUUGUUAUGUGAGCAAGGCAGCGGCUAGUCAACGUGCCGGCAGAGCUGGUAGAACUGGACCUGGCCAUUGUUACAGAUUAUAUUCGUCCGCCGUGUACAACGAUCAGUUCGAGGAGUAUAGUCAGUCGGAGAUCCAAAGGAAGCCGGUGGACGAUCUGUUACUACAGAUGAAGGCAAUGAAUAUCAUCAAGGUCGUGAAUUUCCCAUUCCCCACGCCGCCAAAAACCUUGCAGCUGCAAUCCGCAGAGAAGAGGCUCACGAUACUCGGACUGUUGGAGCAAGCUCUGAAUAAGCAGAAAGGAACUUAUUAUACAAAACUGACACCGCUGGGCCGCAGCGUCGCGGCAUUCCCGGUCGCUCCGCGUUAUGGCAAAAUGCUGUCGUUGUCGCAUCAGCAAGACUUAUUAAAGUACACUGUAUUAAUGGUGGCGGCUUUGAGCGUUCAGGAAGUUCUGAUAGAGGCAUACGCUGCGGAAGGUUCAGUUAACAGCAAGUGGCUACAGCUUCGUCGAGCCUGGGCUGGUACUGGCCACAGUUUGCUUCUCGGUGAUCUAAUGGUUCUGAUGAAAGCCAUUGAAAGCGCGGAGUUCGCAAGAUCUCAGGGACAAUUGGUAUCUUUCUGCGAGGAGAAUGGCUUGCGACACAAGGCUGUGGUGGAGAUCAGAAAAAUCCGGCAACAGCUCACCAAUGAGGUUAAUUUAAUUACACCUGAUUUGAACUUGGCCAUAGAUCCGAAGUUAUCACCUCCGACCGACAUGCAAAUAAGAUUGCUGCGUCAGAUCGUGCUCACAGGUAUGGCGGAUCAAGUCGCGAAGAAAGUAAUGCCCAAUGAAGUGAAAGAGGAUCAAGACAAGUCCAAGUGGAAACACGCUUACAGGACACCAGAGAUGGAAGAGCCUGUGUUCAUGCAUUCCUCGUGUGUUUUGCGAAAGACUAGUCCGGAAUGGGUGGUCUAUCAGGAAGUAUACGAAACAAACAAGAUAUAUAUGCGAGGUGUCACGGCGGUAGAAGUCGAAUGGUUGCCGAAGUUCGCGUCGGGCCAGUGCCGCCUCAGCGAACCACUGGCUGAUCCACCACCGAGGUACAACAAGGAAACUGGAAAGAUUAUGUGUCGUGUAACUGGUACAUUCGGCAGAGCUGCUUGGACACUCCCACCCAUGGACAUAGAAUAUCCGCUGAACAUGGACGGUGUCAGGUUGUUCGUGUAUUUCUUCAUGGACGGUCAAGUGUGUCCCAAAUUGAAGAAAUUCGUGCCGUCGUUGCUGUCAACACCCGCCAGCAUCACCAAGCCGUGGGCCAAACUGGUACAGCACAUUCACCCGAUGACACAAGUGCUAUCAUCACGCGCAAUCAUGAGCAAAGAUAAACUGCUAGAAGCUUGGGCUUCGGACAAGCAAUUUUUGCUGUCAGCCUACCAGAAGUGGCUUCCACAACAUAUGCACACGGAAGUGGCGCUCAUGUGGCCGCCCCUGUAACGAAAAACGUAACAUUAAGACUGUAAAAGCAUAGUUUUAAAGUUGUGUUUAUAUAUCGAAAUGUACAAAGUCUUUUUAACAUAAUAAAGUUUGCGAUAAAAAGAAA